AUGUGCGCUGCCGCUACAUGGGGAUAUGAUAAGGGCAAUGGGCCCAGCGUCUGGUACAAAAACUUUCCGAAGGCUGGCGGAAACCGACAGUCCCCAGUCAACAUAGACUCAAAAACCUGUAAAUCUCAUACAUUUAGCCAUCCGCUCAAGGCCAAUUAUUCGAGUGAAGCCAACAUGGAAGUCACCAACAACGGAUUCACUUUUGUGGCUACAAUUAAAGGAGAAAACACUAUAAGCGGCGGUCCUUUAGAGACAACUCCUUACAAACUGCAUAGUUUCCAUUUCCACUGGGGAUCGGAUGAUUCGCACGGAUCUGAACAUACCAUUGAUAAUAAAUCAUACCCUGCUGAACUUCAUUUGGUACACUGGAAUUACCAAAAGUAUCCAGAUUUUGCCGAAGCAGCAGCAGCUGAAGACGGACUCUCUGUUCUUGGGAUCUUGCUGAAAGUUGGAGAGGCUAACCCAGUGUUGCAAGCCUUGUGUGAUGCCAUGGACAAAGUACAGGCCUGUGAUUCCAAACACACACUUGAUCAAGCUUUUGAUCUUGCCAGCCUUGUUCCAGAAGACUCAAUUAAGUUUUUCACUUACCCUGGCUCCUUAACAACACCUCCCUGCCAUGAAAGUGUCACAUGGCUUGUGAGCAAAGAAAUGCUUUCUUGCUCAAAAGAACAGCUUAGUCACUUUCGUGCUUUGAUUGGCAAAAACACUGCUCCACUAGUGAAUAAUUAUCGACCUGUGUUGGCUCUCUGUAAUCGCAGUGUGUGCAGCUGUGACUGA